AUGCAGUGGAAACUUAGUUUGCUCUUGUACCAAGACGUUCCUACUAUCGCAACUGAAAUACUUCGCGAGCGGGACGAGAGGAAGAAACUUAGCAUUGUAUUGGAACUGACUGAGCCGGCCUUUUUCCUACCCGAAGCCACAGGCAACAGGCCUGUUGUGCUUCGGGGGCGCUGCACGUUGAUUGUGAAGCGUCGGCUACAAGUGGAACAGGUCAUCGUCACUCUUGACGGUUUCUCAACCCGAGAAUGGCCCAAUGGGAAAUGCCAAAUGAGAAGCAUUGUCAAAUGUCCCCUGACACUAUUGUCAAAGAACGAGUCAAAGAGCCAGGUUCAGUUUCUCGCGAAUGAGCCAGAAAAACUCGUCACAGAUGCCAAGGAAGUUGAAGUGCCGCAGAAGAGGUUCAAGAAGCUUCGCCAAAUGGUCGACAAGUUCCACCUACAUUCCCGGAAAAUCGGCCCGGAUGUCAAGUCCAAAUGCUUUUUACCUGGAAGCUACUGUUAUGAUUUUGAGAUGAUUCUGCGUUCCAACUUGCCCGAGUCUACAUUCGUCGAGGGAGCGGUAGUUCGCUACCAUCUCAAAGCCAGCGUGAAGUGUAAGUCCAUGCAACGAAAGUUCUAUCAGCAGAAGGAGAUUGAGGCUGUCCGCUGCCCGGCCGAUGCCUACGUUGAAGACUCCGAGGCCAUCAGUCGGCCGGUACCUCUUCCCGGCGUUAUGAAUUUCGAUAUUUCUCUCGCAAGGAAAGGCAUCGCUUUAGAGGAUCUCCUUCCCGUUUCCUUCAAGUACAAAGGAUACAACGAUACGAAGUUCCACAACCUUCGCGUCUUUCUCGCUGAGGACGUCAUCAAUUAUAUGCCGGAUGGGACGCGGGCCGGCAAGGCUCGCCGGAAGAAGUAUCUCUUACAUGAGACGCGGGGGGAAGACCUCGGACCGGAGGUGCACCAACAACCGGAAGGUGAAGUCCAAGAAGAGGAGCUCAACACCUUUGAAGCAAAAUCGACAAGAUCCCCUAUGUCUCCUAACAACUGUAACACUCCCGACCGCGAGACCAUUCCUUCCUCUCAUACGAUUCACCUCGAUAUCAAUCUUCAAAUGCCGAAGUGCAAGUCGCACAGCUGUGCUCCAGACUUCAAGUUUAUGCAUUUUGAUGCCAAACUUGAGAACGUGGAAGUAAAACACUUCUUGGAGUUCUGGGUGUAUGUUUUCAUCGACAACAACCCCACACCGAAAUCCUUUACACAUCCGGUCCCAUUGGCACUUCGGUCCUGCUAUGCGCAUGCAGGAAACGCAGCAUUGCCGGCUUAUUUUGAGGAGCUUUUGCCGGAUUACUCAUCGCUUUCCGGGGAUGCCCCAGUGUCGACUAUUGAUCACGAUGGUUAA